UAAUGUUUCUAAAUGGACGUGAAGAACUUCAGGAAUGUGUUAUAUGUAAAAAAAAGUCUCAAAGUUUGAGACUAAAUUAUUUUGUAUUAAAUUAAAGUAUAUAUAUAUCUAAAAUAUAUUAAUUUAAUUUAAAUAUGUAUAAUUUAUAUAUAAUUAUGUAAUAUGUGUGUAUAUAUUCUCAUAUUAAACAAAAAUAUUCAUGCAUUUAAAAAGCACACGUGAGUGAAUUUUAUUUCAUUACUUAAAAAAAAUAAAAAUGGCACAUGGUAAAAAAUCAUUUCGUGGAAAAAGAAAAUUUCAUCGUUAUAAUGAUCGACCGAAGCCAAAAAAAAAUAAAUUUAACUUAAAAGAUGCAACAUAUGUCAAAGAUCGCGAUAUUAAAAAUAGGGAAAUUGAAAAACGUAGACAAAUGUUGGAAGAAGAAAAAUUGCAACAACAAUCGGAAAUAGAAAGUAAUAGUUCUGGUGAUGAACAAGAAAAUCCAUUACAAAAUUUAUUAUCCUCAUUUUCAAAUACUACUAAUUUACAAAUGACUGCUAUUGAUUCUAAUUCAGAAAGUGAUAUAUGUAGUGAUAAGGAUGAUGAUAUUGGUAAGAAUGAUAAAGAAACCAAUAAUUUAACACUGCAAUUGGACAAUAAAGAUGAGAAGGUAGAUUCAACAAGUGAUGAAGACAUUAAAAUAAAAGAGAUUGAUGAAGAAGAUCCAGAAACAGCUCAAGAAGAUGCUGGUUAUUUAAAAGAUCCAUUUUCAAUUCAUCUUCAUGAUGAUUUAAGUGAUAAACUUUAUGAAGCAGUUUCUAAUGUUCCACAAAUUAUGGAAACACAAAAGAUAACUUGGCCUGUUUUAGGCAAUCUUAUAUGUGAAAUAUCAAAAUCUUUUGAAGAUUCAAAAGACACAAAAAAAUCUAAUAUUUCUGUUUUAGAACAUAAACAAUUCGCUAAAUGUGGUACUAUCCCUCAAUUAAUUGAUAAUAUAGAAUGGAAUAAAUUAUAUAUAAAAUCUCAAAUUCAUGGUAAUAUCAUAAAAGCGAAUUAUUCAAAUAUAAAAGAUAAUAUAAAUAUAAAUUCAUCUGCUAUGACUCCUUUACAAAAGGAAUUAUUUUCAAUAAUAAAUAAUUAUCAAGAUUUAUAUUAUCCUGAAAGAACAUUUUCUAAUGCUGAUCAAAUAAGAUUUGUGUAUUGUUUGCAUACAAUCAAUCAUGUGUUAAAAACACGUACAAAAGUAUUGCAUCAUAAUGCAAAAAUAAAAUCAAAAUCUACAAACAUAACAGAAAUUCCAGAUGAAUAUAGAGAUCAAGGUUUGGUGAGACCAAAAGUUUUAAUAAUAGUUCCUUUUAGACAUUCAUGUUUAAAAAUUGUUGAAUUAUUAAUAUCUAUUUUAAUUGGAGAAGAUGAAGGUGGUUCUGUAAUGAAUAAGAAGAGAUUUAUGGAAGAUUUUAGUGGUGAUAAAUUAAUAAUGCCAAAAAGAAAUCCAAAACCUGAAGAUUAUGAAUUGACAUUUCAAGGGAAUACAGAUGAUACAUUUAAAAUAGGAAUUGCUAUUACAAAAAAAACCUUAAAAUUAUACUCAGAAUUUUAUUCUUCCGAUAUAAUAAUUUCAUCCCUAUUAGGUUUAAGAAUAUUAAUAGGCGCAGAAGGUGAAGCAGAUAGAGAUUAUGAUUUUUUGGCAUCAAUAGAAUUAUUAAUUCUUGAUCAAGCAGAAUUAUUUUUAAUGCAAAAUUGGGAUCACAUGAUACAUGUAUUAAAUCAUUUACAUUUACAACCUAAGGAUUCUCAUGGAACAGAUUUUUCUAGAAUAAGAAGUUGGUGUGUAAAUGGAUGGACUAAAUAUUACAGACAGACAUUAAUAUUUUCUAGUAUUCAUGUACCUGAAAUUUAUGGAAUAUUUAAUAAGAAAUGUUACAAUUAUGCAGGAAAAGUAAAAGUAAUAAAUUCUAUUUCUUCUGGAUCUAUUUGUCAAAUAGCUUUGCAGAUUCCACAAGUAUUUCACAAAUUUGAAACUUUAAGUCAUUCUCAUGCCUUAGAAUAUAGAAUGGAAUUCUUUAUAACAAAAAUACUUCCUCAGUAUAAGGAUAGAAUUAUGAAUCAUACACUGAUUUUUAUACCAUCUUAUUUUGAUUUUGUAAAAUUACGUAAUUAUUUCAAAAAAGAAGAAUAUAGUUUUGUACAAAUUUGUGAAUAUUCCAAAGAUGCAAAAGUAGCAAGAGCAAGAGACAUGUUCUUUCAUAGCGAUGCACAUUUUCUUCUAUAUUCAGAACGAUUUCAUUUUUUUCGUAGAAUAAGAGUAAAAGGUAUAAGACAUAUUAUAUUUUAUGCACCACCAAUUUUUCCUCAAUUUUAUACAGAGAUGUGCAAUUUAAUGCAAGAAGCUAAUCAAAAUCCACGUUCAGGGUCUGAAAGUAAUAUGACAGUUACUGUUUUAUAUUGUAAAUAUGAUAUUAUGCAAUUGUCUGCAAUUGUGGGUACUCAAAGAGCCAAUCAAAUGCUUGGCUCAGAAAAAUCUAUUCACAUGAUUAUGACUGGUGAAUAGGGAACAAAAAUAUAUUGUAAAUAUUUUAUACAACUUUAUAUAAUUAUUUUAAUGUCAAUUGUAUAUUAUCACUCUUGACGUUAUUAGUUAUAUAUAAAAAUUUAGU